UGUUCAGUGUUAGUAGGGGAGCGUUGGAGGUGGAGGACUCUCACACACUGACUGGCUGCAGGGAUCUGAGGAAGACUAACUGGGAUAUAACCAGAUUAAACUAACGGUGGGAUAGACGUGGGCUAGACCAGGCUAAACCAGGCUACAACCAAGUCAAAGAAACAAGCAGGAUCUUUUCCAUAUAGCCUGAGUGUUGUGGCUCUAUAACCACAGAAGAGAUGAAAGUGCGUGGUGGGCCUCCAUCCUCUUCCCUGUGUGCGUGGGUGGUGCUGCUUUUUUUGGUGGAGUCAGGUGAACCCUACCGGACCCCAUACGACCAGGAACAAGACCAGAACAGAGACAGGGACAGAGAGAGGACAGACUCCAGGCUAGACACCAGGACAGACACCAGGCUAGACACCUGGGCAGACUCCAGGCUAGACUCCAGGACAGACACCAGGACAGACACCAGGACAGACACCAGGCCAGACACCAGGCCARACACCUGGGACUACCACAGAGAUGCCAGGCCAGACACCAGGCCAGACACCUGGGACUACCACAGAGAUGCCAGUGAGGUGAGGGGUAAAGAGUGUCAGCGGUGCUGUGACCCUGGAGAGGAGGUCCCUACUCAGUCUGCCAACCCCCAGUACCCACAACACUACCCACAGUACCAGGCGGUGCCACAGAUCAACAUAACCAUCCUCAAAGGUGAGAAGGGGGACAGCGGCCAGCGAGGACCCUACGGUAAAUCCGGCAAGUCCGGCCAGUCCGGCCCCCGUGGGCCCAACGGCAUCAAGGGCACCAAGGGGACCAUGGGGGCCCCGGGUGACCCCUGCAAGGCCCAGUACGCUGCCUUCUCCGUGGGCCGCAAGAAGGCCAUCCACUCCAACGACUACUACCAGACCUUAGUGUUCGACACUGAGCUCGUCAACCUCUACGGCCACUUCAACAUGUUCACCGGCAAGUUCUACUGCUACGUGCCGGGAAUCUACUACUUCAGCCUGAACGUGCACACGUGGAACCAGAAGGAGACGUACGUGCACGUGAUGCAUAACGAGAGAGAGGUGGUGAUCCUGUAUGCCCAGUCCAGUGACCGGAGCAUCAUGCAGAGCCAGGGCCUGAUGCUAGAGCUGGAGCAAGAGGACCAGGUGUGGGUCCGGCUGUUCAAAGGAGAGAGGGAGAACGCCAUCUUCAGCGAUGACUUUGAUACCUACAUCACCUUCAAUGGACACCUUAUCAAGCCCAAGAGCGAGGGGUAGGGGGUAGGGGUCGGUUGGGAYUGUGUCCCAAAUGGCACCCUAUUAGCUGUAUAGUCCACUACAUAGGGAACAGGAUCCCACUUGGGACGUAUUCUGGGGGGGUUGUGGGCUUGUAUGAUGGACCAGUGUGACGCGAGAAGGAGAACAAAAUGUGAAGAAGAUUGGUUCCCAGUUCAUAGAAGAAUAUCUUCUUCACUUUCUUAUUGUGUCUUUUUAUGUGUGUUAUAAUAACUGUAUUUUAAUCCAGAUAUCAAAAGAGACUUUGAGAAGUAAACCAAGCCACUUGUUAAUUUGGCAAAAACAUGUUGCACACACAGCCUGAUGAAGAUUGAUGAUCGUUUGGAGGUUUUGUCAGGAAACAACCAAACAGAAUCAAUUCAAGAUGGCCACAGUUCAAGAUGGCCACAAUUCAAGAUGGCCACAACAACCCACACGGGAAGUAGUGGUGCUGAGGGUGCUGCAGCACCCCCUGAUGAAUAAAACAAUAUAAUAUUAAUAUGAUAUAAUAAAAUAAAAAAUAGAAUUACACCCCCCCCACCAGAUGAGUGCUCUAGGCCUUUAUUACUCCUGUAUGAGAGGRGAAAAAUACUUGUCAACAGAGCGAAGAAAAAUUAUCCUCAGGGUAGGGACGUCCCAAGGAUCUCGGAUAGCACUAACCGUGUUCAAAGUGCCUUGAUUGCGUGAAGCACUGUCUUGCAGCCAUACCAUUCUUACAGUACUGGUUUCACUUUUGGCCARUAAAUCUUAAAAAUGGCASAUUGACUCCCUGCAASACUUAGGYUGCRUCCCAAAUGGCACCACAUUCCCUAUUUAGACACAUAAGGUUCUGGUAAAAAAAAUAGUGCACUAAAUACGGAAUACCGUUACGGUGCUGUUUGGGACGCAGAACCUUUAUGAAUCAUGUAUUUUGAAUGUAUUUUGUGUGAUGCAAAGUAUUAUGAUUCGUAUCAACUUUGCACCCAGAUAAACUGUAUGUUAGGUUAAGAGCACUCCUCAUAGCUUUCAGAUGUAGAGACAAUAAUAAUAAUAUUUUUUUGAGUCAGACAUAGAUUAGAGAUAUUACACUGUAAACACAUCCAUUUAAAUGUCAAUAUAUCUUUAUUGUCAAUUUCAACUCAAUAGAUCUUUAUUGUCCCCAGUGUAAAACUGUUGUAUACAUAGAUAUCAUAAAACAUGUCAUACAAUGACCUAGACUAGAUAAAGCAACAGGUGCUAAAAUGGACUUCAUAUGAACUUGACAAAGCAUUGCAUAUCUGUACAUUCACUCACAUAGUUGCAUUCUGGUUGUUUGGUGCCUGUGGACAUUCAAACCAUGUAAGCAAACUGUAUCUGUAGGUUUAGGUUAUUGUACUAGGGUGGGGUUGCCCUUCUUUGAAAUAUGAAAUCAAAAACCCAGAACUAAUAUUGACAAUGGAAGCAUCUCAAAUGGCACCCUAUUCCUUGGACAGUGCACUACUUCUGACCAGAGCUUUAUGGGCCGUGGUAAAAAGUAGUGCACUACAUAGGGAAUAGGGUGCCAUUUAGGGCGCGGAGACAAUAUUCUUUCAUAGUGGAUGUAACCUACCAUGUAUAAUACAACAAUAGGACCAGCUAUACUGAACGUGAGCUGCAAAAUCCGACGCAUAAUUACACGUGGAGCUUUUACUUUUUAAAUGGUGUUCGGGUAAAAUAAACAAUUACAUACAGUA